CACAUCGAACACAGUUGCCUGAAACAGUGGCAACACAGGCAAGGCUUGUGGUGGCAGAGUUACGACCGGGACAACCGGAGGGCGACCAGUGGCGGCGGCAGCGGUGGGCGUCACGGCAAACCUGCUGACGUGAGUAAGGACACAAUCCGAUUGCCGCUGGCCUCGGUAUGCAUGCAGAAACGCUUAUCUGCCAUUAUUAUCACCACAUCAACGGGUAUCGAGCUGUGGCGAUGAACGGAGCGAUGCCAUUUUCGGUCUAGGGAAUCUAUGGAGCCAGCAGCUUUGUCGACGCACAAAUGGUUCUGGCAUGAACACACAAUAUAAUACUCGUCAAGAUACACGUAUCGUAAUUAUAAGCGAGGGCCUAAGACAAGGAAACCAGCACGCCACAGUUGACGGGCCCUGCGCGCCAGGCUUCUAUAUUGCGUGAGGACAAAUGAAGUACGGAAAGUAUAUUGAGAGCAAGGUGAAGCCAGAGUGGAAGGAUUACUACAUCGACUACAAGGGGCUCAAGGACUUGAUUAAAGCAUGCCAGAAGGAGGCGGAGACGGGCGAGGCGAGCUUCUCGCCACGCACAACCUCGCUGACAGUUCAGCGGUACAACAACACCAAAGAUUCCAGCCAGGAGCUCUUCUUCCGUCGCCUGGAGCGCGAUGUGGAGAAGGUCAACAAGUUCACGAACAAGUUGGUGGAGGAGAUGCGCGCCAGCCUUAAGAGCCUGAACUCCAAGGCGGAGAAGGAGACGGACCAGGACAAGAAGGAUGACCUGCUCAAGGAGGCCCAGCGCAUCGGAGACGACUUCCUGGGUCUGGAGAAGUACGUCAACAUCAACUACCUGGGCUUCCACAAGAUCCUGAAGAAGCACGACAAGUGCCUGCCGCACGCGCCCUGCCGCCAGUUCUACGUGGCGCACCUGCACCAGCAGCCCUGGGUGCAGGGCAACUACUCGGACCUGCUGGUGUCGCUGUCCAACCUGUACUCCAAGCUGCGCGGCGACAGCAGCGGCGAGAAGAACGAGGACGCGGCGCAGGGCUUUGUUCGCUCCACCACCAAGUACUGGGUGCGCAACGAGGACGUGUCCACCGUCAAGCACCACGUGCUGCAGCACCUGCCCGUGUUCCAGUUCGACAAGAACAUCUUCAGCGGCGACGCCCAGCUGAUCAACAGUGUGUACAUGGACAACUCCAAUCUGGAGCUGUACCACGGCCGCCUGGACAAGAAGCCCGGCGCAAUCGCGCUGCGCAUCCGCUGGUACGGCAGCAACCCGCCCAACAUGGUGUUCUUCGAGCGCAAGACGCACAAGGAGUCCUGGAAGGGCGAGGAGUCGGUCAAGGAGCGGUUCACGCUGCCCAGCGACAAGGUUGUUGCCUUCAUGGACGGCGAGUACAGCCUGGAGGCGGCGCUGGUGGACCAGGAGGCGGCGGCGGCGCGCAAGGGCAAGAGCCUGAGCCAGGAGGAGAAGGACGCCUACAGCCAGCUGUUCACGGAGGUGUACAAGGCGGUGGACUCGAAGCAGCUCAAGCCGCUGGUGCGCACCCAGUACAUGCGCACCGCCUUCCAGAUCCCCUUUGACGCCACGGUGCGCAUCAGCCUGGACACCAACCUGUGCAUGAUCAAGGAGAACCCCGAGGACGGCCCCUCCUGCGCCGCCACCGGCCGCUGGUACCGCGACCCCUCGCUGCCGGUGACUCGCACCGAGAUCACGCGCUUCCCGCACGCCGUGCUGGAGGUGAAGCUCAGCCUGCAGGAGGGCCAGACGGCGCCCGCCUGGGUGCAGGAGCUGCUGGACAGCGGCUACCUGACCGAGGUUCACAAGUUCUCCAAGUUCAUCCACGGCUCUGCCACGUUGUUCCCAGGCGACGUGCGCGCCGUGCCCUACUGGGUGGACGACGAGUCGGUGCGCGCCUCCAUGCUGGCCUCGGCGCCCUCGCCGCUGGAGGGCGGCUCGCCACUGCCCGAGGACGGCUCCGUGGCGGGAGGCAGCGCGGGCGGCCCCUCCACCUCGAACGGCUCGCCUGUGGCCGCCGCCGCCGCCGCCGCCAGCGCCGCCCGCAGCAAGCCGCGCACCCGCCACGCCAAGGCCGCCUCGCCCGGGCUGGACGAGCUGCAGCACCCGCUGCUGGGCGAGCAGGCCACUCUCAAGCUCAUGCCCGACCGCGAGCAGAUUGCGGGCUUCCGCAACGCCGGCCUCUCGGCGGCGGGCGGCGCCGGCGCGGGCCGCGGCGGCUCGGGCCACCCCGGCUUCUUCGCUCGGCUGCUGGGGCUGGUGCCGCCGCCCCCGCCCGCGGGCGGCGGCAGCCUGCGCUCGACCCCGAUGCGGAUCGAACCCAAGACCUUCUUCGCCAACGAGCGCACCUUUUUGGCCUGGCUGCACAUGGCCGUGACGCUGGGCUCCGUGUCGGCGGCGCUGCUGGGCUUCGCCGCGGGCACCGACGACGACAGCGAGAGCACCGGCGGCGCCGCCAUCAGCCGGCACCUGGUGGAGCUGAUCGCGCUCAUCCUGCUGCCGCUGGGCGUCGCCAUGUGCGGCUACGCGCUGCACGUGUUCGUGUGGCGCGCCACCAACAUCGCCAAGAAGCGCGCCGUGCACUUUGACGACCGCGUGGGCCCGCUGGCGCUGUGCGGCGCAGUGGUGGUGGCGCUGGUGGCCAUCACGUUGCUGUCACUGGUGGACUUCUUCGAGCUGCUGGCGGCGGCGGACGCCGCGGCGCCGGCGCCGCCGCCGCCUGCGGCGGUGCUGGCGGGCGCGACGGGGACGCUGUCGCUGUUCUAGAGGACGCUGUCGCUGUUCUAGAGGGGAGGCAGAGGGAGAGAAGGGGGUGGGUUUUGUUGAUGGGUGGGGGCAGUGUCAGGAGGGGCGGGGGUGUUGUGGCCGGCGCGGAAGCUCGGCGGCGGGGGCUGUGGGCGGGCAUUGGCCGGUGUGCGCAUGAGACGGUAGGAAGCAGCUGAGGGGUGGGGUGUUAAGCUCGGCGGGGGUGCGGCUUUGAAGCGUGUAGGUCGCUGUGGGUGGAUGGAGGGCGUGUGGGGGUUGGAUGGGCCUGCCUAUCCUUGGAUAUGGUUCGCAUGGAUUUCGGGCGGCUCGUGCCACCUCCACAUGCAUGGCCGGAAGCCAGGUGUUAGAGGCGUGUGGCUGGCGCGGAUCAGUAUUGUGGGCGGCGGCAUGUGCUUGGGUUUCCCGGUAGCUGGCCCAAAUCUGUGGGAUUCAUGUGAGAACGGAACAACUGAUUGCGCCCGGGAUUCGUAUGAGGGCCAUCCCUGCGUGUGAAUGUGUGUGCGUCUUGUGUUUGUAGAGGAGGGGCGGGCGCAUUGAAAGAAUUGACGAGGCAGUUACGAUGUGUGCGGGUGUGUGCGCGUGUAUCCGCAGAAAUUUCCGUGUUGUUGUCGCGGUCGUGGUGCGCCCCCGCCGUGGUAGAUGUCGGCACCCAGACGCCGAAGCCACAACCGCUGCGGCGGCGCCGAUUACGGUAACGCUUCUUGGGAGAUGGGCAGUUGCGGAGGCGCAGCUGAGGAUGCUCAAGCCGGGGGGUGCGGGUCCCAGUGGCCCACAACGCGUUGUUUUAUCAGGGGCGCGCGGUAGGCGUGUUUCAAAUUUUCAAUAGGGUUGUCUGGUUAGCGACCUGUGCUGACGAGGAUGGCGUAGCGGGCAGUCAGCUGCAGCGGCAGGGGUGUUUUCCUUGCUGUCUGGUUGGCCUGCUGCCUGCUGCACUAGUGCUUGAUAGCUGGGCGCGACUGGGCACAUAUGGCGGGCGGUGCCUGUACCAACCGACCCCGGCUAUGUCCGGGAGAUGAGGCUAGUAUCGGAACCUUCGGCCUCAGACGGAGGACGUGGCGUGGCGGCACAGCCCACUUUUCCCUUGCAAGGGAGAGCCACCUUUUCUUGUCAAUAGGGUUUUGGCCUGUGGACAUUGCGUGUGCCGCUGGUCACUGAGGUGGCGGCAAGCUCGGCUGAUGCAUGCUCGUGUGGGCGGGCGUCAUAAGACCGCCGGAAUGGGGUACACAGCACAAUACUGCAUUACAGGUCCGUAGCCGUUGCCCAAGCUGCAUGUAACCGUGGCUCAAGCGCCCGCCAUCGCUCCGACGUGGGCGAGGCUCAGACAUGCAUGGUGCAUGCCCCUAAGAAGACCAUGGCGUACCCCGAAACCCACUACCGGAGGGCAAGGCCUGCAGAAGGGAUCACUACGGAUACGGUACCGUUGCUGCAGAUUGAUGGGGCCAGUCUAGGCUCGGGGCUCUUGUCGUUAACAACUACUGG